GAGGUCUUUUUCCAAGGUCGCUGUAACCUCCUCCUCCUCCUCCUCCUCAUCCUUCUUCCUUCUUCGUCUCUCCCAAUCGGAGAACUCAAUAAGUGAAUAACCAGGAGGAUCUCCCCAGAUCAGCCGCUCGCGGUUAUACGGUUUAUCGGUCGAGGCGAUGGCGUCGAAGCGGAUCUUGAAGGAGCUCAAGGAUCUCCAGAAGGAUCCUCCUACCUCUUGCAGCGCCGGCCCAGUUGCUGAAGACAUGUUUCACUGGCAAGCAACAAUUAUGGGUCCUCCGGACAGUCCAUAUGCUGGGGGAGUCUUUCUUGUUACAAUUCACUUUCCACCAGACUACCCAUUUAAGCCACCAAAGGUUGCAUUCAGGACAAAAGUCUUUCACCCCAAUAUCAACAGCAACGGUAGCAUUUGCCUUGACAUAUUGAAGGAGCAGUGGAGCCCUGCCCUCACCAUUUCGAAGGUGUUGCUCUCUAUCUGUUCGCUAUUGACCGAUCCGAAUCCCGAUGACCCUCUGGUGCCAGAAAUUGCGCACAUGUAUAAGACUGACAGGGCCAAGUACGAGGCCACUGCCAGAAGCUGGACCCAGAAGUAUGCGAUGGCUUAAGAUGUCGCUGUGUGUGAUUCAGGGAGGGUUCCGUGUCUCUGUGACUUUGGUCUUGCAGUUUGUAUGUGUUAGUGAAACAGUGCAAUUCAUCUCUAUCCUUAGACCAGAACAAACGAAGUCUGAAAAAUUACCCUCCCGACAACUCAAUGCUCUCCCGCUUUCCAAUUGUUUGUAUGUUAAAUAAGUAUUUCCGACUUUGGAUAGUUGUUUCAAUUCCCCCCAUAGUGAUUAAGUUAAAACUGCGAUUAACAUAUUUUUUAAGUCCAAAUACCACUCUUCACUUCAUGCUUGGAAACUGCAAUUGGAAUUUGGUCAUCUAUUUCCUGGACGUGAAGUGGCUUCCCCAAAUCUGCUAAACAGUUAGCUCCGGCUUUAUAAAUUACUGUAGGAAUUGCUUAUCUAU